AUGGGUAAUAAAGUGGCAACCUUCACCGAAGAACAACUCGAAGAUUACCAGGAUUGUACCUUUUUCACACGCAAAGAGAUCUUAAGAAUAUUUAAGAGAUUUCGGGAGAUAGGAGAUCCUGGAAUGAUACCGCGUACCUUGACGCCGCAAGAAGCGUCUACUCUCCGUCUACCUUUAUCGUACUUGGCUCGUAUUCCCGAAUUAAAGGAAAAUCCGUUUAGAGAACGAAUCUCAGAGGUCUUCACACAACGUUCAGAACAGGGACAUUCGACGUCCAGCUCCGAAGGAAUGUGCUUCGAAGAAUUCCUCGAGAUGAUGUCCGUGUUUUCUGAGCAGGCACCGCGGGAUCUGAAAGUGUUUUACGCCUUCAAAAUUUACGAUUUCGACGGGGACGGAGUGUUGGGCCUGGGCGAUUUGGAGCGCACCUGUCGGCAGCUGACUCGAGGCGGGCUAAGUGUCGAAGAGGUGGCUACCGUGUGUCAAAAAGUUCUGGAAGAGAGUGACAUAGACGGUGAUGGAGCUCUAUCUUACCUCGAGUUCGAGCACGUCGUGACUAGGGCCUCCGAUUUUAUGGCGACUUUCCACAUAAGAAUAUAAAUUGCAACAGUUAACGAGAGAUCACUAUGUGAAAUUAUCUGCGAUAGAAGAUUUAUGCGGUAUGGUUUAAAAGAGAAUAUGCACUUAAUUACGAAGUUUGUUCUAGAGAGGUUUAAAAGAGAAUAUGCACUUAAUUACGAAGUUUGUUCUAGAGAGGUAAAUUAAUUGCCUCUAUUACUCAAAUCAUUUCUCUAAGACAGGUCUGCAAGAAAGUGCAUUUGUUAGGCGAUUAAAUAAUGAUAAUACUAUACUCGAUUUAAAUAAUAAUAAAUUAAUACUAAAUUUAUAUUUUUGAAAAGAUAGAAUUAGAAAUGAAUUUAUUUAUUAUGAAUUAUGACUUUAAAGUUGCGUUAGUCGACAAAAGAGUAUUAAUCAAGUUGAGCAAUAGAUGAUUAAUAAAUAAGAUAA